UGCCCCUCAGUAAAUGGAUUCGAUGAAUGGAGAAGAAGAGAUGUGGGAAAUGAGAAUUUCAAGAAAUUAAGGUCUAUACAUGUACAGCUAGCUGUUGGUUGCAACAGAGUAGCGAUCGGGAAGUCGCGGAUAGUUCUACGAGUAGAGUACAUUUUUACCGUAAUUGGUGGCUAUAUUUCCAAUAAAUAAAGGUAAUUUGCGCGGAUUGUCUAGAGAGCAUGCCUGCGUUUGUGUAGGGGUGAGAGCAAGGAAUGGCCGCGGACGUGGAUAAAAUAAUCCCCGAGGACAAGAAUGCUAGUCUGGGGGAGGAUGAGCAUCUGGACAAAUCUCAAAGCGGUGAACGACUGGCGUCUGGCAAAUCCAAGCGAUCUAGGAUCAUUGGAGCAAUGUCAACAUUGCUUAUGUUCAUUAUUGUUCCCCUUCUUGCCUUUGGUUACAAAUAUUAUCAGGACUCACAGCUUCUUACACGUCAUGAAGUGGCAUUGAAAGCACUGGGCGCCGAGGGCCUCUUUCUCUUCUCCUCCUUGGACACAGACCAUGACCUGUACCUCAGUCCUGAGGAGUUCAAACCCAUCGCAGAGAAACUCACAGGGAUCUCGCCUCCAGCGGAUUUCGAGGAGGAAGUGACCCAUGACCCCAAUGGAGAGACCCUAACCCUGGAGGCCAAGAUGCAGCCUCUGCAGCUUUACACAAUGACGAAGAGCAAGGAUGGUUUCCUAGGGGUUACUCAUAGUUCCCUGAGUGGGCUGCGUUCCUGGCAGAGUCCUGCUGUGCCCUCCACGUCCUUCUCAGCCAGCCAGUUCAGGGCCUUCCUGCCCCCCAAAAACAAAGGGGAAGUGGGGGACACCUGGUGGGUCGUUCAGAGUGAGCUCAACAUCUUCACUGGGUACCUGCCAAACAAUCGCUACCACCCUCCUGCACCACGAGGAAAAGAGGUUCUCAUUCACUCCCUGCUGAGUAUGUUCCACCCACGGCCCUUCAUCAAGUCCCGCUUUGCCCCUCAGGGAACAGUGGCCUGCAUCCGAGCCGCCAGUGACUUCUAUUUGGACAUAGUCUUCAGGAUCCAUGCAGAGUUCCAGCUCAACGACGUCCCAGACUUCCCCUUCUGGUUCACCCCAGGCCAGUUCACUGGCAACAUUGUCCUCUCUCGGGACUCCUCCCACGUCCGACAGUUCAACCUCUACGUCCCCAACGACAGGACUCUGAAUGUGGACAUGGAGUGGCUCUAUGGAGCCACUGAGAGCAGCAAUAUGGAGGUGGACAUUGGAUACCUGCCACAGAUGGAGCUGCAAGCCGUUGGUCCAUCCACGCCCUCCUUCAUCCACGAUGAGGAGGGGAACAUCAUCGACAGCCGACGGGGAGGCAGCGACCCUGUCCAGUUUGUCUUCGAGGACAUCCACUGGACGUCUGAGAUCAGCCGCGAGGAGGCUGCUCGCCGCCUCGAGGUCACCUUCUACCCCUUCAAGAAGGUGUCAUACCUGCCCUUCUCAGAGGCCUUUGAGCGAGCACAGGCAGAGAGCAAGCUGGUGCACUCCAUCCUCCUCUGGGGUGCACUAGAUGACCAAUCCUGCUGAGGUUCGGGGCGGACUCUCCGGGAGACAGUCCUGGAAAGUUCGCCCGUCCUGGCCCUGCUCAACCAGAGCUUCGUCAGCAGCUGGUCCCUGGUCAAAGAGCUGGAGGACAUGCAGGCUAACGAGCAUAACCCGGUUGAGAGUCACAGGGCCCGCCUACACCUGGAGAAGUACAACUUUCCAGUAGAAAUGAUGGUGGCGCUGCCCAACGGCACUAUUGUCCACCACAUCAACGCUAAUUACUUCCUGGACCAGACGUCCAUGAAGCCGGAGGAGGAAGCUCCCACAUUUAGCUUCUCUGGGGGGUUCGAGGACCCAUCCACUGCUACGUACAUCAACUUCCUCAAAGAGGGGCUGGAGAAAGCCAAGGAGCACCUGGCACAGUAAAGACAAACGGUGGUCAAAAGUGUGUGUGUAAAUUAGGGGUAAAUCCUCUGUGAAGGAUAAUGAUCAAAGAAAAAGCGAACUUCUGUGUAGGGAUCGGAUUCCUACAGUGCCGGCAGCUGUUGAUAACUUUUCAGGUUGUUUCACUAGCAUCCAACAGUAUCAGUAUUACAACAACCUCUUCGAACGACAGUGGUCGCUAUACCAGUUGAGCACUUCUGAAGACAUAUAUGCUUUAGACAAAACUGUUUUUUUUAAUAACUAAACUCAAUACUCAGUAGAUGUUCUUCAAGUUAACAUGCUCCUAAUCCCAUUCCAUAUAAUCACUAAUGUUGCUGUUACUUACCAAUUAUUUUAACAAAGUUCAGAGUCAGAACAGUGGCCAGGUUACAAACAUUGCUCUGGUCUCUCCUAGUGGCUAAUUAAUUGUACUUAUUUAUGCAUUCUGUUAUGUCAUAACAGUGAGUUGAGAUUUGCUUUACUCAAACUUUAACUUUUCUUUAUAUCUACAUUUUCAUACGAAAACAAGCAGACUGCACCAUAAUUAUUUUAUCUCUAUAUUGCGCAAUAUGUAAAGAACCACAUAUGUGUUUUAAUUCUGUUACUGUUGGAAGAGUUGGAGGGGCAGAACAGGUGAAGUCGUUCCCGCUAGAGUUUCAGCAGUUUGUGAUGGCCUUGCCUGAAAGUCCAAAGUUGGCUGGGCAAGACCUGAUGUCAUUGCUAAAGCUUCUGCAGGCAACACCCCUGCUCUGUUCCCCCGAGGUUGCCAACAGCUGUCAUGGAAACCCGAAAACAAAGCUGUAUGGUGGCACAAUGUGUAAUGUAAUACCUUUUGUUUCUCUUUUUUUUAUGAAAGCCAACAGUUGUAGAUGUACAUCUUAUGUUGAUUGACUUGUUAUUUCUUAACACCUUGACCAUGAGAUCAGAACCAUAAGACUACACCAAAGAUUAUCUAACAAAAUGAAUUUAUCAGGGGCAAGAAGAAAUGGACUUAGUGAUAAUCAUUGUGGAUUCUACCACGAACAUGUGAUAAACUUGAAAUGGAUCAUAUCUUAGUAAAGUGUUCUGUUUCUCCAUCAGCCUCUUGUUAAGCGCUGCAAUAUAGGCAGCACAUUUAGCCAUUACAGAGGUACAUUAUCCCCUUGAAAUAUGCUUGACUAACAGUGGCACAUUUUCUGCAAAAAAUUAAAAUGGAUCUUUGCUAAAA